AUGGGCUUAGGAAAAUCAUUACAAGCUAUUUCUCUAAUUGCAACAUCUCUCAAACUGGCAAAAGAGUUUUCAACCAAAAUUCUACUCUCAGAAAAAGAAUUUUCUCAUUCUCAUGCAACACUCAUUGUUUGCCCAGCAAGAUUAAUCAACAAUUGGUCAGAAGAAAUACUCCAACAUGUACACAAGGGAUCAAUGCAACAUUUAAAGUAUCACGGACCCCAACGUCACAUGAUUUCAAAUACUUCAAUGGAAUCUGCAAAUAUCAUUAUCACCUCAUAUGAAAUUGUACGGGCAGAAUUCAAUCAAAUUCAAAGUUCUGGUUCCUCAGGCAACUCUUUGAUCUUUUCCAGAUUUUGGUUCAGGGUUGUUUUGGAUGAGGCUCAGCAGAAAGAAGACUUUGCCUGA